AUGGCCAGCAUCUCCUUUCGCAAGUUUAUUCGAUGGCUGCCGGACGAGGCGAGCGAGCCGACCUCUACGCUGGUUUUGACGUCGCCCGAAAAGAGAUUUGUCGAUAUACGGGUAUUGUUGGCGGCUGGCGGACAAUAUCUAACUGCCGAUGCAGAGAUUCUACCCUUGAGUCGCCUGGACUGGGCCAUGGCUGGAACGUCUUCAUCGACCGUCAUCGCUGAGGGGCACUCGCUUUCUCGUUGGAGGCAUUGGAUUGAUUCUCGGGCACUGGAUGCGCCUCCUGACGAGGGCCACAUGUAUCCUCAGCCGGAUGGAUUGAGUACCCUUGAAAAAGGGCAGAUGAUGAACCCUUCCACCGGAAAGGAUACGGACUAUGAAGAGAUGUGGUUCGAUCCGCCGCCAAAGACAACGGGAGGGAACAAGGCGUUGUGCGCGGUGCUCAUUAUGGAGGACGAGAAGAAGGGGAAGAAGGGCAUGUUUGUGCGGCUUGGAGAGUGGGCGCAGGUGUUUGUGAGAGAUGGGGCGGGCGAGGAGGAUCUUGUGGCGGAGAGGUGGGAGUGGCGAGAUGAUGGGAAGGCAUGGAGGAGGAUAGUGAGGUUGGGGGAUACGGAGAGGAAGCUGCCGUGUGAGGAGGUGCUUGCGGCGGUAGAAGUCAAGGUUGGCGAUGAGUUUAGUGUUGGGGAUGAGGCUUGGAAGGUUGUGGAGGCAGCAGAGGUAUAG